UCAAGUUUGAACCGAUUCAACACGCUCAUGUUGUCGUGUGUCUGUUUUCAGGUUGUGCAAUAAGCUACGGAUACUACGUGAUGCCUGACUGUUGGGUGAACAGUUUCCUCCAUCAACAUUUCGUCCCCAUCGCCAUCGGAAACACGUUGUUCUGCACGAGUCUGUCCUGCUACUCCAGGUUCCUGGAGUUACAGUUCCCACAGAGAAGCAAAGCUCUCAGAACAGGAGCGUUCGUCGUCCCAUUCAUAUUUGACACUGUCCCUUUGUUUUACAGGAUUCUCCUGUGCUGCGGAGGAAGCUGCAGCCAGAGCGGCGCCUUGUCCAGUCACUGUUACCACCUCCUCUUCGCCUUCCUCACCUGCUUCCUGUUUACCGCCCACCUCCCGGAGAGGCUGGCGCCGGGACGCUUCGACUACAUCGGCCACAGCCACCAGCUCUUCCACGUCUGCGCCGUGGUGGGGACCCACUUCCAGAUGGAGGGCGUCUUGGCGGACAUGGCGCAGCGGAGGGCGUGGCUCGUGGCCCACGGAGCCACGCCCUCCUUCCUGGGGACCAUCGGCGUGCUGGUCGUCAGCCUCGUCCUCAACCUCGGCAUCAUCGGCAUCUUCAGCGCGCCGCUGCUGUGGAAGCCGUGCCGCGGCUCCAACCAGCCGCACGCCACCGCGCACGACUGCAAGGAGCAGUGAGGGUGUGCGUCCGAUCGACGUGUGGCAGAUUUUAACCGUUCACUGUAGCGCUUCUCUAACACCAAUAGUUUCAUCACUCGGAGAUAAAGUUUUGAUACGUCGAGCGCCGAAGCAUUUUUCUAACGACUGAAGUAUUUGUUUCGUGUGUUUCCUGAGAAGCUGACGACCCAGUCACAUUUACUGAAGCCUGUUUUUUUUUUCUGCUGUCACACUUGAGUUUGUGUGUGAAGCUGAAAACGUCACGGCCCGACCGAUACAGUCCGCAAAUAUAAAUAUAUAUCAGAUAUGUAGAUUCAAAAUAACUAUGUGAGCUGACGUUUUGUCUCCUUUAUGACACAGAAAUGUUACCGAGGCUCGAUAUUUUAAACUUUAUUAGAAAUUGGAAGAAAACAAACAAAUAAUUUAUCUUGAGUUUUCCCGUCAGGCCGCCGAUUGGUCGUUAUCGGCUCUCAGGGGUCGAGCCCUGAAUCGGUCGGGCUCUGAUCUGUGCAUGUGUUCACGUGCGUUUGAAACGAGGCUCUGGGUUGAAGGAAGCUGUCGUCACACAACACGUAAGUGCCUUCAUGUAGCUGCAGAUCAAGUUUAAAUCUCAAACUGGAAACAGUCGCGGUUUUUUGCAGGGAUUUUAUAUUGAUGACAUGAUCCAGGUCAGAAUCUGCUCGACUUCAUUCAGGAUCUAUUGAAAUUCUUCCCUGUACCUGGACUUCCUGGCGGCGGUGGUGGUGGUGGUGGUUCUCUGUAUGAAGCAGCUCCACAUAAUAUAAUGCAGAUUGGAUUGCCGGCUCUUAUACAUCCACCUAUUGAUUCCACUCCUGCACCGACUGGAAUUGAUUUGCAGGCCACUGUGGCUCUCGUCAUGAUUGCCUGGCUAAUUAUGAACCCCACAAUCUGCCUCAACAGGGGGAGGAGGGGGGGGGGGGAAGGAAAAGUUACAGAGUGGAGAUGAUUAAAAGAGAGGUACCAUUUUUAUAACUGUUUCCAUGGCAGCGUUAUA